UUUGAAAUUUGACACAGACUGGCCUCAGAGCGCCAAUUCCAGCGAUGCAUUAUGUAUGAAUUUUGUUUACAAAGUUUUGAUGGGCUAGGGCUAUCUUAAUAGUUUGUUCAAGCGAGUUUAAGCUUUUUGCAUUUAAAGAAUUACAAUUAUUAUUUCUGUAAAGCUGAUUUGGACGAACCAUCUUAAUGCACAGAGAAGAAUAGACGCUAUUUUUGGUAACUAGGCAGAUCUGGGGUCUGAACACGAAGAUUUCAAGAAACAUAUAUCAUCGUAUCAGUUUGUGAUAUUUGCAUCAAAAUGGAAAGGUACGAGAGGGUAAAGAAAAUCGGUGAAGGAUCUUUCGGAAAAGCCUUGCUUGUGAGAAGAAGGGCUGACGGCCGACAUUGUGUUGUCAAGGAAAUAGCCAUAGGAAAGAUGAGUUCAAGAGAAAAGGAAGAAUCAAAAAAGGAGGUUAAAUUGUUGUCACAGCUGAAGCACCCAAACAUCGUGUUGUACCAGGAGUCAUUUGAAUCUAUGGGAAAUCUGUAUAUUGUCAUGGACUAUUGUGAAGGAGGGGAUUUGUAUCAAAAAAUUGUGUCACAAAGAGGAGUUAACUUUGGAGAAAAUCAGGUCUUGGACUACUUUGUACAAAUAUGUCUGGCUUUGAAGCAUAUUCAUGACAGGAAGGUUUUACACAGGGACCUUAAAUCCCAGAAUAUAUUUCUGACGCGACAUGGCAUUGUGAAACUUGGAGAUUUUGGAAUUGCGAGAGUCCUUAAAAGCACCGUAGAGUUGGCAAGAACAUGCAUCGGCACUCCUUAUUAUUUAUCUCCAGAAAUAUGUGAAAAUCGACCGUACAACAAUAAGAGUGAUAUUUGGAGUCUUGGUUGUGUGUUGUAUGAAUUAUGCACACUGAAGCAUGCGUUUGAGGCUGGCAAUAUGAAGAAUCUUGUGCUGAAAAUCAUAAGAGGCAAUUACCCACCGAUUCCAAACAGAUACACACCAGCCUUGAGGUCUCUGGUGGCUCACUGUUUUAAGAGAAGCCCAAUGGAGAGGCCGUCAGUAAACCGAAUCUUAAAAAACCCACUGAUCCAGGAACGAAUAAAGAAAUACCUUUCUCCCGAAGUAUUAGAAGACGAGUUCAGUCAUACCGUUAUCCACAAAGAGAAGUUUGGUGCUCCUCCGAAACAACCACCAUCAAGACCAGCCUCCGCAGUUUCAGAGGCAAGGAAACCAAGCAACCCAAUCGCGCAGGUUUAUGGCGUCAGUGUUGCCAAGCAACCAGUAAAAAAGCCCGUUAGCUAUAACAAUCAGCAGAAAAGACCCCCGAGUGCUGGAAGACGCCCUGGAGGAGCAAUCGAGCAAAACAAAUCGGCAGAAAGACGGAAAGAAAUGGAAGCCAGAGAGAAAAGGAGACGAAACCUUGUUGAAAACCAGGAACGUGAUUAUCAAGAAUAUUUGAAAAACAUCCAGAAGAAGCGCCACGAAAAGCAGCAGGCUGAGAGGAUGUACCGCGCAAGAGAGGCUGGCUGGAAAAAUUUACUGUCGGAAGAUGACAAAAAUAAAAAGCCCCAAAGUCAGAACAAGCAACAGAAUCCGAUGGAUAAAUACAAGCCAAAGGAUCAGGGAAACGCUGGAGAGCAAAAUGACAACCGCAACUGGCAAAAUGUACCAGAACAACGUCCCAUUUCAGCACGUGAACGUCCGUUUGAGGCUUAUGUGGCAGCAAAAGAGGCACGAGAACAAAAAGCUACGGCUGCUGAUGCAGCAGAACGAGCCCGACUUGUUGAGGAGUUCAAACAAAGAAAAAGGGAAGCGGCAGAAAACAAAGUCAGGGGGAGCUACGAUUACAAACCUUCUUAUGAAAAACCAUCUUAUCCUGCACAGCAACAAAAACGUCCAGAGAGUGCCCCAAGACAAGGCGACAGCAAUGCCCCCAAAGCAGCGGUUGUGGCAGCCCCUGCGAUUGAAGGGCGCAAUAAGGAGGAGCAGGUGUACCUGGAUCAACUGGAAAAAAUUCGUCGACAAAAUUACAUUGAGAGAAAGGCAUUGCAAAAUCAUAACCAGAACGCAUACAAACCUCCUUUGCCUGUUAAUAAACGCCAGGAACAGGGACCUGGUGCUGCUGCAUUAGAUCCUCGUUUUGAUCCUGAGGCAAGGAGACAAAAAAUUGCUGCACUGAAGGCCCAAGCUGAUCAGCGGGCGGUAGCCUUAAAGGACGAGCUGAAUAAACGCCGCAAAGUUCUGCAGCAGAGACUGGAAGAUGAGAGAAGUGAAAGAGAGAAGCAGAGACUACAGCAACAUAACGUGAUCAGAAGCGCAUAUGAUGAACGACCUAUAUCAGCCCAACAGAACAAGCCGAAAGAUGAUAAACCAAAAAUUGCUGCUGCUGCAGUUGGCUUGGAAACAGCAAUGAACCAAGUGGCGGCUGCAAGGUUAUUUAGAUCAUGCUCUGAGGGUGAUUUGCAAGACUUGGUCAAAAAAGGCGAGCAGAUUAUCAACGACAGAAAGCAUUGGAAUGAUGCCAGGGAUUUUGGUUUAGCUGCUCUGCCCCUUGAAGUAACCGCCUCUGCGAUGGAGGUAACUUCAGUAAAGGAUGCGGUGUUUAAACCAGCUACUCGUGAGUCCAGACCAGAGACUGCACCACACCGUAAGAACUGGGGACCCGCGGGUAAAACGCAGGUGCUCUCAGCUUUGGAGAACAAAACGCUUGCACCUGAGACAAUUUUACCCCCGAGAGAUCUUGCAAGCCCAGGCAAAGGAACUACUAUUGUUUUAUCGAAGCAGUCGAGCCCACCCAAAGCAAGAGCCAUUGGAGAGACAAUCGUAUUGCCUAAGAAACAAGUAACAGGUUCUGAUGAGGGUGAUGACUUCACACAAACGAAGGCAGGGGGCGUGAAAGAGGCAAAAGUUGGUGAGACUAUUGUACUGCCUAGAAAGGAGGGAGCAGAAAAAGGAGGCAAAACUGACAAAAUACAGCCGAGUUCAGUUGGUGAUUCAUCUGCUCCUCAAAAAAAAGAGACUCUCGAUACAGAGGAUGACGAUGAUGAAGACAUUGAAGAGCUAACUGCAGUAAUCGAAAAUGACACCAAAGGAACUGAGAAGCCCAAGGCUAGAGCUGCUUGGGAUGCAAAUGCAAUGUCGCCGCCAAUUUUGAAGCAUGACGAUGGUAGUGGGAAAGCUGAAAGCAAGGAAACUGAAGACGAAAAAGUAGAAUAUGGAACGGCUAAGGAAGAGCUUUUUACCAAAACUGCGCGGAAAGAAAGGAGCGAAAACGCAGAGGAUAUGAAAUUAGAAGACGUUUCAGUUGAUAACGACUCAUUCCAUACACCAAAUGCUUCGCUUCUACAAACACGAUCUGAUGCUUUGAAAACCGGGAAAUACGACUCUCCCGCCAAGAUUCUUCGCACUGUAUCAAUGCCUGAAAUUUCGAAAAGGCAAGAUAAGUCAACAGAUAAUAAUGAGAGUCGAGGUAGCAUGGAUGAUGUAGACGAAAACGAGGCUGAUGAUGAUCAGAGCGGGGCGGGUGAAGUAGAAGAUGAAACUACACCUAGAGCUGACAACAAUAAUGAAAAUGACAAUGAUGAUGAUAAAAAUGACAUUGAUGAAAAUGAUGAUGAUGAUGAUGAUGAUGGCGAUCUUGACGAAGAGGAUGAUGAUGAUGAUAGAAGCGACGAAGAAUUAGAAGAUUACGAACAAAUGCUUAAUUCCAUGAGAGGAGUUCUAAGUAGCACGGAUUCAACUCCUCCCGCAUCAACUAAAGUUGCUGUUCCUCGAGAAAGUCCCAUUCUUAAAGAUGAAGAAGAUGAUACACGAUGCUCCUCCAGUGCUUCAAAAAAGUCAGACGAAGAAUGGGAUUCGGAUGAUGGUGAGGAUGAUGAUAGUGAUAAUGCAGUCUCGAAUACGGCAAAUGAUCCCGAAAAAGAGGCUGCCAGAACUGCCAAGAGAACGAAAGCAAAAGAAACCCUUUUUCAGCGAAUAGAAGAAUCUCGGAAAUCGUUAGAAGACGAACUUGGAACAGAAAAAUUUUUGAAAGUUUAUCGUUAUAUACAGGCAAUGCAAGAAAAUGAAGAUGAUGAUAUGAACUUUGACCCAAGCAAGGAUCCCGAAUUGUCUGAAUUACUAGAAGGAAAGAAUGAGCACUUAUACCAAAGGAUCUUGUAUCUGGUACUAGCAGAUGCCGCAUAUUUUGAAGACAACGAAUAGCUGCUAAUUGCUGUUCAGCUUGUGUCGUCAUGGCAACGAAUCUCAUCACGCACGAAUCACAAGGCGUAUUCAAGUCUGAAGAACAAUUCCUCGUACCUUGAAUUAAUUGGAAUUAUGAAGCCCGAUCGGCUUUGCGAUUAAUGUGAAUAGCAUAUACUAACUAACUUGCUUUUCCUCUAGAUUAAUCGCUCAAUAUAGCAAUCAUUAGCAUUAUGUACUAUAAACACUUUUCUGUCCGUCUUCGUCUUUCAUAGCAAUUCGAAUGAUGAAUAAUUUCUCACUUGGAUAU